UAUAUGAUGAACUGACUGUACCAGGCCGGACUCAUCAACACCAAUUGAAGAGACAGUGAGGGCUAUGAAUUAUGUAAUUGAUAAGGGGUGGGCAUUUUACUGGGGGACCAGUGAGUGGUCUUCUCAGCAGAUCACUGAGGCAUGGGGAGUAGCAGAGAGGCUGGACUUGGUGGGUCCUAUUGUGGAGCAGCCAGAGUAUAAUUUAUUGUCCAGGCACAAAGUUGAAUCUGAAUACCUCCCUCUCUACAGCAACUAUGGCCUGGGUCUUACCACGUGGAGCCCACUUGCAUCUGGAGUGCUCACUGGCAAAUACAAUAAAGGAUCUAUUCCAUCUGAUAGUCGAUUUGCAUUAGAAAAUUACAAAAAUCUUGCCAGCAGGUCACUGGUAGAUGAUGUCUUGAAAAAAGUUAAUGGACUGAAGCCAAUUGCAGAUGAGUUAGGUGUGCCUUUAGCUCAACUUGCAAUUGCAUGGUGUGCUGCAAAUCCUAAUGUAUCAUCGGUUAUCACUGGUGCUACAAAGGAGUCUCAGGUUAGUUUAAACUUACCAUAUUUUUCUUGGGUAAUUGAUUCUGUCAUAUAGUAUUUGUAAAUUCUU